GCCGAAAGUCAUAGGAUUUUCUAAGAUUCUGUUAGAAACCUAAAUAAACUUAAGUGAAACCCUGGUAGGAUCCUAGCAUUUUAGGAUCCUGCUAGGAAGUUAUUAGGUGGAUCCUAAAUGUUAGGGUCCUGUAAGAGAUUCUAUUAGGAAAUAGACAGGAAGUGCGUAGGAUUUUGUCUAGGAUAGUUCAGGUUCAUUCAAGUAUUCUAAUAACGAGAACUAAAUUAAUUAAUUUGGUCACUUAAGAACGUUGAAAGAAUAGGUCAGAAAUAUUUUUAGUUUUGAUUUACGAAAUUAGUGUAAUCAACACAAUGAUGGCUAGCAGCUGCACGUCGCUCUUGCACCCUUCUAUACAACUGAUAAUGUUAAUAAUAUUUUAGUUGUUUUACAACUGAACAAUUGCUUCAACAAACUUGGGUAUCAACAUAUUUACAAAUUCAUGCUACAUACAAAGUUAUCUGGAACGAAUUACCACUUUUGGUGUUUGGAUCACCAAAUACAGAUCGUCUUUUCAAACCAUUUACUAUUGCUUUAGUUUCUUAUGAUAAGAAUGCCAAAUGUCAUAAUCAAUUAUAUAAUCUCACUGAUUAA